AUGAGCACAAGAAAUCCAACCCACGAAAAGCCGUCUCACAUAGAACAACAAGUGUGGAAUGCUUGGAAUGCAAUAUGGAGUUCAGAUGAGUUCAAGAAAAAAUCAGAACAAAAUAAAAUAAAUAGGCGUAAAGGGGUAGUGGGUGGAAAAGCCCCACCUACUCAUAAUGGAGGAUCUGCUUCUCAUAAACAAAUUGCUAUUGAUAUCGAGGAAUAUAUCGGAAAAGCUCCAUCAGUCUAUGAUGUAUUCAUGUUUACUCAUACUAAGGAUCAUGACGGAAAGACAUUCCUAGAUGAAAAGGCGAAAAAAGUUCAUGAUUUUAUUGAGUCUCGACGUGCGGAUUUGGAACUAUUAGGAGAGGAAGUGGAUGAAAAUGAGUUGUUUUAUACAGCUGUUGGAGGACAUGACCGUAAAAGAAGAGUUUAUGGGCUUGGAUCAUAUGGAAGAUCCAUUUUUCCUGGAAAUUCUUCUGAAGCAUGCAGUUCACCGGAUACAAAUUUGGAAAAACAUCAUCUAGAGGCCAAGAUCCAAAAACUAGAGGAAACUAUUGAGCAACAAAGAGUCGACUUGGAUGAAGUGAGAAACACGAUCAAUGAUAUGAGAAACAUGAUUAACUAG